UCUUUGCUCAGUGUAUUUGAAGAAGAUGCAGGAACCCUUACUGAAUAUACAAACCAGUUGCUUCAGGCAAUGCAACGAGUCUAUGGUGCUCAGAAUGAAAUGUGUCUUGCCACGCAACAGCUUUCGAAGCAGCUCCUUGCCUAUGAAAAGCAGCAUUUUGCCUUAGGUAAAGGAGAUGAAGAAGUGAUAUCCACCCUUCAUUACUUUUCAAAAGUUGUGGAUGAGCUCAAUAUUCUUCAUUCUGAACUGGCAAAACAGCUUGCAGAUACAAUGGUUCUCCCAAUAAUACAAUUUCGGGAGAAAGAUCUCACAGAAGUAAGCACAUUGAAGGAUCUUUUUGGCCUUGCUAGCAAUGAACAUGACGUGUCCAUGGCAAAGUAUAGCAGGUUACCGAAAAGGAAAGAAAAUGAAAAGCUUAAGGCAGAAGUGGCAAAAGAAGUGGCAAAUGCAAGAAGAAAGCAGCACCUUUCAUCUCUGCAAUAUUACUGUGCCCUGAAUGCUCUGCAGUACAGGAAGAGAGUGGCAAUGAUGGAACCUAUGCUAGGAUAUACACGAGGACAGAUCAACUUUUUUAAGAAAGGAGCAGAGAUGUUUUCCAAAAGAAUGGACAGCUUUUUGUCAUCCGUUUCAGACAUGGUUCAAAGCAUACAGGGAGAGUUGGAUGCCGAAGCUGAAAAAAUGAGGGUAUCCCAACAGGAUUUAAUUGCAGUUAAUGAAUCGGUUUACACCCCAGAUUCUGAUGUAACUUCACCUGCUAUCAAUAGAAAUCUCAUCCAGAAGGCUGGCUACCUUAAUCUUAGAAAUAAAACAGGUCUGGUGACUACAACUUGGGAAAGGCUGUAUUUCUUCACUCAAGGUGGCAACUUGAUGUGUCAGCCAAGGGGAGCAGUAGCCGGAGGAUUGAUUCAGGACCUGGACAACUGCUCUGUUAUGGCUGUAGACUGCGAAGACAGAAGAUACUGCUUUCAGAUCACUACUCCUACAGGCAAAGUGGGUAUAACCCUUCAAGCAGAAAGCAAGAAAGAAUAUGAGGAGUGGAUAUGUGCCAUCAACAACAUCUCCAGGCAGAUCUAUCUCACUGACAAUCCAGAGGCAGCUGCAAUCAAGUUAAAUCAGACAGCUCUACAAGCAGUGACUCCCAUUACCAGCUUUGGGAAGAAACAUGAAGUUCGCCACCCCAGCCAGAAUGUAAAGAAUAUGGAAAACGAUAAAAUAAUUCCCAGUGAAUCAGCCAGCAUUCAAGACUCCACACAACUCAUUGCUCCUGGAACACCGAUUCAGUUUGAUAUCGUAUUGCCUGCCAUGGAAUUCCUGGACCAGAACAGAGGUGGCAGGCGUGCAAACCCAUUUGGGGAGUCUGAAGACAGCAGCAAAGAUGAAGAGGAAGAUUCACUCUUGCAGCAGAUGUUCAUAGUUCGGUUUUUAGGCUCUAUGGCUGUUCAGUCAGAUGCCACAAGUGAGGUGAUUUAUGAAGCGAUGAGACAAGUAUUAGCUGCUCGUGCCAUCCACAACAUAUUCCGUAUGACUGAAUCCCAUCUCAUGGUCACCAGCAAGAACCUGAGGUUAAUAGAUCCUCAGACCCAAGUUACACGAACAAGUUUUGACCUCCCCACUGUGACACAGUUUGCUGCUCAUCAGGAUAACAGGCGACUGAUUGGCUUUGUGGUCCACCUCAGUGAGCCGGUGGGAGAAGAGUCCAUGAGCGCGUAUGUUUUUGAGAGCAACACAGAAGGGGAAAAGAUUUGCUAUGCCAUUAGCUUGGGAAAAGAAAUCAUUGAGGCAAAGAAGGAUCCAGAAGCACUAGCUCAGCUAAUGAAGUCUGUGCCAUUAACAAAUGAUGGGAAGUUCCUUCUUCUGAAUGAUGAGUCAGAAGAGGAUGGAGCCAUACGUGAGGAAGGGGAGGAAUCAGAAGCGUAA